AUGUCGCUCCACUGUAAGCAAAAAGAGAUCUACAAACACGAACCGCCAUGGACGGUGUAUGCAAUGAACUGGUGCGUUCGUCCCGACAAGCGCUUUCGCCUGGCCCUUGGAGGUUACGUUGAAGAAUAUAACAAUAAGAUGCAGAUUGUGGGUCUGGAGGAGGAGAGUUUAGAGUUCAUCUGCAGGAACACCUUUGACCACCUCUACCCCACCACCAAGAUCAUGUGGAUCCCGGACAGCAAGGGUGUUUACCUAGACCUGCUUGCCACUAGCGGGGACUACCUGCACAUUUGGGGGAUCAGUGACACAGAGACGCGUUUGGAAUGCUUGCUGAAUAACAACAAGAACUCUGACUUCUGUGCACCAUUCACCUCGUUUGACUGGAAUGAAGUAGAUCCUAAUCUACUGGGCACCUCCAGCAUUGACACCAUCUGUAUUAUCGGGGGGUUGGAGACUGGCCAGGUACUAAGCAAAGUCAACCUCGUAUCUCGCCAAGUCAAGACCCAGCUCAUUGCUCAUGACAAAGAGGUGUAUGGCAUAGCGUUCAGCCACGCAGGCGGUGGUCGGGACAUGUUUGCGUCGGUCGGAGCGGACGGCUCAGUAAGGAUGUUUGACCAGCGGCACCUGGAGCACAGCGCCAUCAUCUAUGAAGACCCCCAGCACCACCCCCUACUGCACCUCUGCUGGAACAAACAGGACCCCAACUACCUGGCCACCAUGGCUAUGGACGUCAUGGAGGUUGUGAUUCUGGACGUGCAUGUUCCCUGCACGCCGGUGGCCCGCCUCAACAAUCACUGGGCAUGUGUCAACGGAUUCGCCUGGGCUCCCCACUCCUCCUGUCACAUCUGCACUGCAGCUGAAGACCACCAGGCGCUGAUAUGGGACAUCCAGCAAAUGCCCAGGGCCAUCAAGGACCCUAUUCUGGCCUGCACAGCAGAGGAGGAGAUCAACAACGUUCAGUGGGCCUCCACCCAGCCUGACUGGAUCGCCAUCAGCUACAACAACUGCCUAGAGAUCCUGCGGGUCUAA